CUACGCAACAAAGAUUGUCAGUCCGCUCGUCAGUAUUCCAGCGUAUCCAACAUGGACAACAGCAGAGUCGAAAUAUGCGUGCACGAGGGAAAGUUAAUUGGUAUUGUAGAAAAAGGUGUUUACGGUGACUACUACACCGCCUUUCGAGGAAUACCAUAUGCGAAACCGCCAAUUGGAGAACUUAGAUUCAAAGAUCCGGUACCAGCGGAACCAUGGUCCGGUGGUAGAGACGCCUCAAAGUACGGAAAUGUCGCUGUUCAAUUGAAUGAUUUCACACGCGAAAUUAAGGGUGAUGAAGAUUGUCUCUAUUUAAAUGUGUACACGACGAAAAUUGAAUCCUUAAAAAAACGUACCGUUAUGGUAUGGAUACACGGCGGUGCCUUUUAUACGGGUUCUGGUGAUGCAUCCUUCUAUGGCCCCGAUUACAUCGUGCAAAAAGACGUAGUUUUGGUUACCUUGAAUUAUAGACUAGGCGUUCUAGGUUUCCUAAACCUUAACAACAAAGUGGCAACGGGUAAUCAAGGUCUGAAGGAUAUAAUCAUGGCGUUACAAUGGGUCCAGAAAAAUAUAUCAAAAUUCGGUGGAGACCCAGAAAAUGUCACUAUCUUCGGUCAAAGUGCUGGUGGAGUCCUCGUACAUUGUCUCACUCUGUCUCCAUUAGCUAAAG